GGUGAAAGAGGGAGAUCAGUGCGGAGUUGGUGUAAGUGAGGAAGGGAUCGAAGGAACAGAGACAUGACACCAAUAUCAAAAGGCAGAGAGCACGCUGUACCAUGCGAGCUAAAUUGGUGACCGAUGGGAUCGAGCAUAUCGGAUUAAUGGUGACUACCGCAGCCCGUUUUCGCAGAGGAAGCUUCUCAAUUGCAACUUGGGCGCAGAGGGUCCACGGGGAAACAUGGCCGAAGGAGGUCUGGGUAAAGGUGGCGGAGAAGACCCCGCCAAGUCCACCGAGCAGGAGGACCGGACUCGACCUCAGAUCCUGUCGGGAUCGGGCUUUUGCAAAUGGUUCAACGUCCGGAUGGGCUUUGGAUUUAUCUCAAUGACCAGCAGCGACGGGAGCCCCGUCGAACCAGCUCUGGAUGUUUUCGUCCACCAAAGCAAACUGGUGAUGGAGGGCUUCCGCAGCUUAAAGGAGGGUGAGCAGGUGGACUUCACCUAUAAGAAGUCCUCAAAGGGCCUGGAGUCCCUACGGGUGACCGGACCUGGUGGGGGACCCUGCGCAGGCAGCGAGAGGAGACCCAAAGGGAAGGUCCCAGUCCAGAAACGCAAACCAAAGGGAGACCGCUGUUAUAACUGUGGAGGUCUGGAUCACCAUGCCAAGGAGUGUGGCCUGCCCCCCCAGCCAAAGAAAUGCCACUACUGCCAGAGCAUCACGCACAUGGUGGCUCAGUGUCCCCACAAGGCGCUGGCGCCCGCCACAGGCUCUCAGGACCAACAUGCGUCUACCUCGCCCUUCAGCCCAGGGAGCUGGCCCUUCCUCUGCCCCCCAGAGGAGGAGGAGGGCUCUGGCUCGUCUCCCCUAGAAGGCUCCUCCUCUUCCCCCGAGGAGCCACACACACACCGCGGCCCCCGCACCCAGAGGUGGAGGAAAUCUUGAAUACAGCCCACAGAGGUGAACGUUUCACCGCUAACCCCUUGCCGUCAUGUCUCCCCUCAAUCAAGGAUACCUGAAGCCCCCCCAUCCCCCCCUCAUCUACCUCACAUUUGUGAAAAAGAUGGGAGGUCUUGAUUUCUUUACUUUACUUUUAUUUGUAUUUGUAUUUUUCUAACAGCGCAGCUAUGGCAAUGAUCAACGGGGUACGGACGUGCGUGAAUGUGUGUGACUUACUUGCAGUCAUCUGGUGCAGCUAUGGCAACCACUGCUUUCUUGUUUCAAUCAGUGCAGCUCAAGAGUGAAACAAUGUGGUAUGAAUCUUGUUUUUCAAUUUCUUUUUUUCUUUCUCCUUGGACCUAAGUGUUGGCCAUUUUGAAUGCUUUUUCCUUUUGAGAUGUUCUUGAUUUAAAGCCACACACUUCUAUCAUGUAGGCUUAAUCAUUACGAAAAUGAUGUUGCAUCCCUUUAGCACACACGGUAGCUCAUUUUAAGACGGAUUAGAAGAAGACUUUUAAGAGCUCAAGACCCUCUAAGCGAUAAUCCAGACCCAUAGGAUUGUUAUCUCGGCUUAUGAAGAUCUUUAGGGAAACUUUAUGGAUUCCAGUGGGACAUUUUUAAAAAGACAGUGAGCUGGUAAACACAUCCUCCUUAUCCUUAAACACAUCUCCUACAUGGAAUAGACCGGACCAGCUGAUUGUCACAGGGUGAGCAUGUGUGUUUGUGCAUGCAUGUGCGAGACGUAGAGAGGAAACGAGAAGGUGUGUGUUUGUAUGUGUGAGUUGUGCAUGCUCAGAAAGAAAGCAUAAUGGCCACACUGGCCUCUUCUCCAGUUGUGAGUCAACACUAUUAACGUUUGGCUUUCCUAUUAUUAGACAUAGACCAUCUUAGAUAACACACUGUAUAAUCCCGCUAGAUCAUAGUUUAUAUUCCAGCUAAUGGAUCCAUCAUUAGACUUCCAUUUUGGUUGUUGCCUAAUUGAAUGAAAAUAACA